GAGAUGCGUCUCGUUAGGAAACAUCACAUGUUUGUGCGCUCAGCGGAGCCACUUUAAAUUGGUGGACAGCGGGACAAACGGAGGGGUAGUACUGGGAAAUCCGGACGAGGAGAAAGAGGGACACGCUGUGUCGGCGCGCAGAGACACUAUUCGUGGGUGCUUAAAGCUGCAGAGACGACUGUUUUUACCCCCCACGGACGAGUGAAAAUGAAAGCCUGGCAGUGUGUUUCCCUCCUGGCUUGUGCCUGCUUUCUUUAUCAAGCUGAUGGACGCAAAACAUACAGGGAUGUAUUCCCACACAAGCACUCAUUAUCAGGGAAGUUUCCAUUUCCAAUCCCACCGAUCCCUGGCUGGCUUCCCGACACCAAACCAUGGGAUGAUUACAUCUACCCACCACUAAACAUAAAGUUAAAUGAUUUUAUGCACCACAGAGGUAAACCCAAAGUCCGUUUGACCAGUGACAGUCCAGCUCUGAAUGGCUCUUCCAUCACCUUCACUGCAAAGCUGGAGUAUCCUCCCUGCCAGAAGGAGGAUGCCAAUGGGAACUUGAUCUGGGAUGAGCACUGUGAGGAUGGUACGGAGCUGGAGGCGUCAGCCAAUGGGCAGGUUCGCUCUGGCUACGUGUACAACUGGACUUCCUGGUUGGAUGACUAUGGCUUCGGAAAAUGUAUAGACAAGGCAAAAUGCAACGUGUUCCCAGAUGGGAGACCCUUCCCUCAGAGCAAUGACUGGAGACGAAAGAGCUACGUCUAUGUUUGGCACACAAUGGGCCAGUACUUUGAGACGUGUGACGGCUCUUCCUCAAGUGUGACCAUCAAUACCACCAACAUCCCUCUGGGGGCAGAGGUCAUGGAAGUCAUGGUCUACAGGAAACGCGAGCGCAGGAAGUACAGCCCCCUCUCUACCGACAACGCCGUCUUCUUUGUCACAGAUAAAAUUCCAGUGGCGGUCGACAUCUCUCAGAAGGGUGCAGUCAACCAAUCUGAGAAUAUCUUCAUCCGUGGUGAGGAUGUGGUUUUCAAAGUCCACCUCCAUGACCCCAGCGGCUACCUGAAAACUGCUGCCUCCAUUGACUACAUCUGGGAUUUUCGAGACGGCAAUCAGCUGGUAACGCAUCGCAACGUAACCACGCACGCCUACAGUAAACUGGGGACCAUGACUGUGAAGCUGGUGGUCGAGGCAGCGUUUCCAGUUGAAUGUCCACCUUCUGCCAACACCCCGACCUCGACCACGUCCACAGAGGCUCCUACAACUCCACUUGUUACUCAUGCAAUUACAGCCAAGAUGGAGACCACACAGGUGCCGCCCAGCACCGGCCUGCCCUCGACCACCUCCUCUUUUGUUUCCACGGGUCUCCCCACCACAGAGCCCCUCCCUUCCACUGUUGCCCCAGAAUCCAACCCCACCACCCCGCUGUGGCUCCACACCAGGCGUCUCAACAGCAACCAGUGUUUCCGCUACGCCUACGGGACCUUCACAGGCAAUAUCACUGUCGUUGAGCCCAAGCACCCACUGAACACCCUGCCAAGCAGUCGGAUUUUGGAAGUGUCAGCCCACAGAGUCACCAACACUGACAUCAACUUCCUGGUGAAAUGUCUGGGCAGCGUCCCCACUUCAGCCUGUACCAUCGUGUCAGACCCCAGCUGCACUCAGGUACGCAACAUCAUGUGCAACGAUGUGCCGCCGCUCUCGGAGUGCAAAGUGCAUCUGACGCGAAGAUUUCUGGAACCGGGCACCUACUGUGUGAACAUCACUUUGGAGAACUCCAGCAGCUUGACCCUCACCAGCACCACCAUCACCAUCAACAAGUCCCAGGACACACCUGUGUCCACAACCUCUCACACUGCCCAAGUCGUUCUCUCCUCGAGCGCUGUUCUGGGGGCCAUUUUUGCAUUCAUUGCCUAUGUGGUCUACAAGCGUUACAAGGUGUACCGGCCCAUUCGCAGGUCACUGGUGGAGGAUCCCCAUGCUGGGGUUGGAGGUCACAUGAUUCGCCUGAAGGAGGCACUCUUCCCCUCCAGUGAGGAGAGCCGUCACCUGCUGACUGAGAGAAACCCCCUGUAGGCUUUGUUGAGCUGCAUCAUCACUUAAAAUAAAAAACACCUAAAGCAUGUGAUUGUCAGAUAUGAAUCUAAUCAAAAGUCUAAUCAUUAAAGUGCAAAAAUAGCAGGAAUAUCAUAUUUGUAAAAGAAACUAAUAUUUUGCUUGUUUUAAUUGUUUGAUGGUGCUCCAGAAAACGGCUACUGCUACAGCAACUGAUUGGUGUGAUCAUUUUCUACUGAAGAGGCUGUCGAAUAUGUGAUUGAGGCACUCAUUUUGAUUGCAACAUAGGGUGUAGUAGCCGCUAUAAAAUGAAUUAGGCUCAAGCAAUGGCUGUUUUUGAUGAAAAAUGCUUUUGUACCGUUUGUCAUCGAUUGCUUUAGAAUACUGUAUAUUAAUGUACGGGUAAAAAUCCUACUAGUAGUGAUACAUGCAUGCUUUUCCUCAAAUGAGUUAAAAAUUUACUAUCUUUAACUCCAAGAUUUAAACAGCCAUAAUCAAGGAGGAUGAAAGGCUGAUAAAUAAGUCUGUCACUAAAUAAAGGCUGUGAACUAACCACUUAUGUUUUGAAGACACUGGAAUCUGUCUUUGUAUGGAGCUGGGGAAAAAAAUUGAAUUUAACGUUAGACGAACUGAUUUUUGGUGUGAUUUUGAAUCAGAGUGAUGAUUUUGUUCUCAGCAAAUCUUUGUCAGUAACUAAAGUUAUUUUAGUGUCCUAUUAA